CUGCCGAAGUGCAGUUUCAGUGUCCGUCACGACGAUUCGUCGGCCACAUCAUGUUUAUCAUGGAGGAGAAAGUUCCGUCCAAGCCGAUAAGGGUUAUCGCCGCCGCGUGUAACAACAUGGGGAUUGGGAAAGACGGAAAACUUCCUUGGAACCUUCCGCGAGAGUUACAGUUCUUCUUGGAUGCGGUCAGAACCGUUUCCAAACCUGACAGGAAGAACCUGAUCAUCUGGGGCAGGGACACCUGGCUCUCCGCUCCUGCAGGAAUUCUCCCCAUCGCCAACAGCAUCAAUGUGGUCCUGAGUCACACACUCAGCGCGGUGCCGGAGCAGGCCCAGUACCUGUGCCGGGACUUUGAGAGCGCGGUGCAGCUCGCCGUCGCCGGCCCCAUCAGCGCCCUGGUGGAGACCAUAUGGGUGCCCGGCGGGGCUAGAGUCUACAGAACGGCGCUGGAGCACCCCUGGUGCGACCUGCUCUACCUGACGCACAUCAUGGCCGACUUCGACUGCGACACCUUUUUCCCACCGUUUGACCAGAGCGUCUACAGACUGCAGGAGAAGUUUCCUGGAGUCCUGCACAAGAUACAGGAGGAAAAUGGCCUCCGCUACAAAUUCCAGGUUUUCAAGAGGACCGGCUGACCGGAGACGCCCAGAGGGGGGGCCGCAGACCCACGUGACCUCUGACCUCUGCAGUGUCCCCUGACCUCUGACCUCUGCAGUGAGCCGCUGACCUGCAUUCGACCGCGGGUGACGGCACAAAGCUUCUACCGCAGCCAGUGACUUUUCUCCCUUUACAUCUUCUUUGCAUUGCAAGACGAGUGGUUGAAAUUGCGAGGAAAACCGGUUUACUCCAGUCGCGUUUUCCGUCGAACGUGACACAGUUUACACAAAAUCGAUCGAGUUUGAAAGCUAUCCGCGACACUCGACAGCCUGGCCCCUGCCGGGGGGUCAGGGCCUGGUGCAGGGCUGUUGUUGACACAGCUUUGGGGUCAUGACGGGGAGAGAGACAUCCAGCGAUGCAAAUUCAUGCUGUUUGGUUAACCUCGGCUGGAAGUUUUUUUUUUUUUUAUCGAUUUUUUAAAUAUUCUGUAGCUGCUAGCACGGCACUUCUGUCGGUCACUCUGGAUAGUUACGUCGGCCUGGUGACAGUAAGGCGUGUGAUGCAUUUAAUAUAUUUAACACUUUUAAACGAUGCUUUUUAUUGAAUUCCAUGUUUUGGACAACGAAGAAUGUUUUCUGAAUGUUUUAACUCCAAAAUAGAAACAAGGAUGUCCUUAAA